AUGGACACUUCUGGGCACUUCCAUGACUCGGGGGUGGGGGACCUGGAUGAAGACCCCAAGUGUCCCUGUGCAUCCUCUGGGGAUGAGCAGCAGCAGCAGCAGCAGCCGCCGCCGCCGCCGCCGCCGCAGCAGCCGGCACCGCCGCAGCCAGCUCCACCAGCAGCCCCCCAGCAGCCUCCGGGACCCUUCCUGCAGCCUCAGCCGCCGCAGCUCCAGCUCCAGCAGCCGCCGCCGCCGCCACAUCCCCUGUCUCAGCUCGCCCAACUCCAGAGCCAGCUGGUUCACCCCGGCCUGCUGCACUCCUCUCCCACCACUGCCUUCAGGGCUCCCCUUUCGGCCAACUCCACCGCCGCCCUCCACCCUGCCUCCAGGCAAGGCAGCCAGCUCAACCUCAAUGACCACUUGCUGGGACACUCUCCGAGUUCCACAGCCACAAGUGGGCCCGGUGGAGGGAGCCGGCACAGGCAGGCCAGCCCCCUGGUGCACCGGCGGGACAGCAACCCCUUCACCGAGAUCGCCAUGAGCUCCUGCAAGUACAGCGGCGGGGUCAUGAAGCCCCUGAGCCGGCUCAGCGCCUCCCGCAGGAACCUUAUUGAGGCUGAGCCCGAGGGCCAGCCCCUCCAACUGUUCAACCCCAGCAACCCCCCGGAGAUCAUCGUCUCCUCCAGGGAGGAUAACCAUGCUCACCAGACCCUGCUCCACCACCCCAGCGCCACCCACAACCACCAGCAUGCUGGCCCCACGACCAGUAGCAACACCUUCCCCAAAGUCAACAAGCGGAAAAACCAAAACAUUGGCUAUAAGCUGGGACACAGGAGGGCCCUGUUUGAAAAGAGAAAGCGACUGAGCGACUAUGCUCUGAUUUUUGGGAUGUUUGGAAUUGUUGUUAUGGUGAUAGAGGCCGAGCUGUCUUGGGGUUUGUACUCAAAGGAUUCCAUGUUUUCAUUGGCCCUGAAAUGCCUUAUCAGUUUAUCCACCAUCAUCCUGCUGGGUUUGAUCAUCGCCUAUCACACACGGGAAGUCCAGCUGUUCGUGAUCGACAACGGCGCAGACGACUGGAGGAUAGCCAUGACCUACGAGCGCAUCCUCUACAUCAGCCUGGAGAUGCUGGUGUGCGCCAUCCACCCCAUUCCCGGCGAGUACAAGUUCUUCUGGACGGCCCGCCUGGCUUUCUCUUACACCCCGUCCCGGGCCGAGGCCGACGUGGACAUCAUCCUGUCCAUCCCCAUGUUUCUGCGCCUGUACCUGAUCGCCCGCGUCAUGCUGCUGCACAGCAAGCUCUUCACGGACGCCUCCUCCCGCAGCAUCGGGGCCCUCAACAAGAUCAACUUCAACACCCGCUUCGUCAUGAAGACGCUCAUGACCAUCUGCCCCGGCACGGUGCUGCUCGUGUUCAGCAUCUCGCUGUGGAUCAUUGCGGCCUGGACCGUCCGAGUCUGUGAAAGGUACCAUGACCAGCAAGAUGUAACUAGUAACUUUCUGGGCGCUAUGUGGCUCAUCUCCAUCACGUUCCUUUCCAUUGGUUAUGGGGACAUGGUGCCCCACACAUACUGUGGGAAAGGUGUCUGUCUUCUCACUGGCAUCAUGGGUGCCGGCUGUACUGCGCUCGUGGUGGCCGUGGUGGCCCGAAAGCUGGAACUGACCAAAGCGGAGAAGCACGUCCACAACUUCAUGAUGGACACUCAGCUCACCAAGCGGAUCAAGAACGCCGCAGCCAAUGUCCUCCGGGAGACGUGGCUCAUCUACAAACACACGAAGCUGUUGAAAAAGAUUGACCACGCCAAAGUCAGGACACACCAGAGAAAGUUCCUACAAGCUAUCCACCAACUGAGGAGUGUCAAGAUGGAGCAGAGGAAACUGAGCGACCAAGCCAACACCCUGGUGGACCUCUCCAAGAUGCAGAACGUGAUGUACGACCUGAUCACGGAGCUCAAUGACCGCAGCGAGGACUUGGAGAAGCAGCUCAGCAGCCUGGAGUCGAAGCUCGAGCACCUCACUAGCAGCUUCAACUCCCUGCCGCUGCUCAUCGCCGACACCCUGCGCCAGCAGCAGCAGCUGCUCGCUGCCUUCGUGGAGGCCCGCGGCGCCAGCGUGGCAGUGGGCACCAGCCACGCGCCGCCGGCCACGGCCACGGCCACGGCCGACAGCCCCAUCGGGGUCAGCUCCACCUCCUUCCCGACCCCAUACACGAGUUCCAGCAGUUGCUAGCUGCAGCCCCCCCAAGUCCGGGAGCAUUUACCCAUAGGUCUUAAGAUGCAAGUGGACUCUUCCCCGGUCACUUCCCACCAAGGGGAACUUUCAGACCAGGGAAGGGGGCCAGGAAGAGGAAACCCCCGAGCUGAGACGUUGACUCGCCUGCCUUCCGCCCGCUUGGUUCGAGAUGCCUUGAAACCAGACACAUCAGAAAUCUAAUCUCUGUUUAAGGUGCCUGUACCCAAGCGCAGGAAGAGGAGGUGACAGGUGGCGAUGCCCUUGCCGCAGAGCUGGUGGAGGAAAGGAAAUUCUUGCUCAAUCUCAGGUCUUCGUGUGGGGGGUGCGGAGGGGCAGCCAGGGUGACGCCAGCCCAGAAGAGGGGGCAAUGGGUGGCUUUGCGGCAGGCUUAGGGGAUGGGCUCCUUGCCACCUUGGGAGCCUCCUUAACUUUCUGUCUAAAAGGAAGCCCAUGGGUGACAAAGGGAAAAACGAGCUACCCACAACUUAACAGAACACACCCAAUUUAGGCUGGGGGGGUGGGGAGAAGGAGACACACACAAAUAAAAAGCCAGAUUUUUCCAUCGAAGAUUAACAUCCAUCGAAACCUGUAUGUUUGCAAGUACGCGUACAUUGGCACACGCACGAGCGUGCACAUCUGAGUCAGGUCCCCGUUAGCACUUGACCCCGAUGGAAAGGGACCCGGGUACGCGGUAGGGGAGCUCUCAGAAUGGGUGCUGAGCUAGUUGGAGUCAGGAUGUGAGGUAUGCUGGGUUCAGGAAGCUUGCAGUUUCGGCGCCAACCCUGAAGGCGCGGGGCCAGCAAUGCAGGUUGCUUCGCCCCAGAUAUGCAUCUCUCUGCCCGAUGUGGAGUAGAUGCCAAGCCCAAGCUGCUGGCAUUCUGCAGGGAGAAGUAGGCGUUGAAAAUAACGGCUCUUGGAGAGUUUUCUUUGUACCUCCAAACAAGCUGUGCUCUCACGGACCCUAUGCCCAGGUGUGUAUAUGUGGGGGGUUAGGGGAGACAGGUGCGACCCAGCAAGUAGAACUCCCUACGGAUUUGCUAAACUGUGUCCACCCAGCCACAGGCUCUAGCCCCAGAUGUUAGGAGAUCCAAAGGGUCAGCUCCAGCCCCCACCCCGCACUGAGCUAGGAGAAGGAUGGAAAGCGGGCCCCGCGGUCCCGUCUACUUUUACCUAAAGUCACCUUAAAAUGAAACACUGUGAGAACACAAGGAGUCCCUAGGGAACCUUGUGGGUAAGACGACAGGUUUGUCAGAGGCCUGUUCCUAACUGUGGCGUGCCAGUGUUGGUGCAGAAAUUAUCCCAGUGCAUCUCAAACUCCAAAAGGCCCCCACAUCCAGUCUAGGGACAGACACGGAGCACUCUUCACUGCUGCCUACCUUGACCACGCGUGACAUCCGUGACGGGGGAGCUUGUCACGUCAUUCACCACUUCUCUCUCUCGGAGGUCUUUGACUUCUGCCUGGAAGAUAUUAAAUGAUGCCAUGGGGGAUAUCUCAUCUGUUUUGGGUAGAGGGUGUUACUUGUGUACAACUAUUAUCCUGGGCUUAGCUUUCUCCCAGACGUCCCUGCUGCUCCUUCCCAGUGCUGCCCCGCUGUGCUGCGUAGGAUUUUCCUGAGCAAUACUGGACCUGCUCGCCUGAGGGCACAGGGGGUCGUUGGACAGCAAGAGCCCAG